UCACACUCACUCUCACCAGAAGCUACCCGGCCCAGCCGCCGCCAGCGAGCUCAGCUCAGCUACCCCAGCUCCGCCCUGUCCCUGUAGCUUUAGCUCCCUUUCUCUCCAUGGCGUCAGAGGAGGCAGAGCCACUGCACUACACGACCACCGUGCUGAGGGUCUCCAUCCACUGCGAGGGGUGCAAGAAGAAGGUCAAGAAGGUGCUCCUCGCCAUCGAAGGCGUGUACAAGGUGACCAUCGACGCGGCGCAGCACAAGGUGACGGUCACCGGCAGCGUGGCCGCCGACGCGCUCGUCAGGCGGCUGCUCAAGUCCGGCAAGCAGGCCGCGCUCUGGCCCGUGCCGGCACCGGCACCUGCCGAGCCCAAGAAGGAGAAGGGCGAGGAGGCAGUUGCCGCCACGUCUCCGGGGAAAAAAGGCAAGGGCAAAGAUAAGGCGGCCGAGGAGGCAUCGCCCGAGAGCUCGGAGAAGGACAAGAACUCCGAGAAGAAGCCGGAGAAGGACAAGAGUUCCGAGAAGAAGCCGGUGGAGGACAAGGUCUCGGAGAAGAAAGCACAGAAAACAGAGGCCAAGAAACCAAAGAACGACGCCAAGGAGAGCGAGUUGCCUGAAAACAAGGAGAAGGGCUCGCCUGAGCCGGCGGCAAAAGCGGCCAACUCCGAGGAGGCGGGCGGCGAGAAGACAGGCGGCAAGAAGGGGAAGAAGAAGAACAAGCAGAAGGACGCCGGUGGCGAUGUGGACGCCGCUGCAGAAAAGCCGCUGCCGCAGCAGCAGCAGCAGCAGCAGAAGACAAAGCCACAGCCGCAGGAGGAGAAGGCGAUGAUGCCAGUGCCAGCGCCGGCGCUGGGGCCUGACCGCGCACAUGCACACGGCGGUGGGUUCCCGUACUACGCGCCGCAGCCGGUGAUGAGCUACAACAUGGCGCACCCGAGCGCGAGCGUGUCGUACUACGCGCCCAUGCCGGUAGCGUCCAUGCAGCCGAUGCCCCCGCCCCCGCCGGCGCACAUGCCGUACGGCUACUCGCCGUACCCGCCCAUGAUGAUGCCGCCACCGCCGCCGGAGUUCAUGUACGGCCCGCCCGGCAUGAGGUCGUCCCCGCCGCAGGAGUCGUACAACAACAUGUUCAACGAGGAAAACCCCAACUCCUGUAGCCUCAUGUGACACCGCCGCUGGCUCCACCUCGCCGGACGCCGCCGGCACGGGAACGAGCUGUAGUUAAAAGGGGGAGGCUUCGUAAUAGAAGCCUCGUCUCGUGGU